CGUUUGGGUGAUGAAUCCGGCCAAAGUUUCGAACUGCGUCAAUCAGCGAUCAAAUGCAUGCGGGCAAUCCUCCAGGCCUGGAUGCAACAGACCGUUCGUUUAGAACAGUUCAAAACUGCGCAGACCCUGGAGACUAGCCUCUCUACUCGGCUAGACUAUGCGACUGGCCAGCCCCUCGAGGGGACGGAUUACAAUCACCUGCAGAUGGACUGUGUCGGCCUGUUUGUCCUCCAACUUGCGCAGAUGAUUUUAUCAGGCCUUCACGUUAUUCACACAAAGACGGAAGCGGCCUUUGUUCAGAACUUGGUAUUCUAUUUGGAGCGAGCCUAUCGUAUACCGGAUUAUGGAAUGUGGGAGCGUGGCUCGAAACAGAACAGGAAUGUCACUGAGCUGCAUGCCAGCUCUAUUGGUAUGGCCAAGGCCGCUAUAGAGUCGCUGUCUGGUUUCAAUCUUUUCGGCGUCGAAGGGGACCAUUCGACGGUCAUUUUUACAGAUGCUGAUGCCCACAGUCGAAAUAGCAUGAUUCUCGACACUUUACUUCCUCGAGAAUCAGCUUCAAAGAUUCACAAAAUCACAAUGAAACGUGUCGACGUCCUGAAAGGCAACUACGGUUAUAAACGUUUCACCCGCGAUGGCUACGCCACUGUCCUUGAGACCAGCAACAUCUACACGCAGGGUGAACUCUCGAAGUUUCGAGGCAUAGAAAAUGAGUGGCCCAUGUUCUUCGCCUAUCAGAUAAUCGCCUGUCACUUUGCCAAAGACUAUGAGAAGGCGCAGAUGUUUGAGGAACUGUUGGAGCCUCUCUUGGUAACCCCAGUCUCUGAAAAGUAUCCUUGGUUGCCAAAGUACUACUUUGUACCGGAGGACUCUCUGGACGAGGAGCGUUGUGGACUACUUCAGAUUCAUGACCUUGAUCCACUGGGUCGUCAUUGUCCCGCAAAUUCGCGCCCACUGUCUCUGGUUUCACGAUACUCAACUAUAUCGAGCCGACCAGCAACAAUGCUUGUCCAGAUUGUCCUCAUUGCCGAGUCAACUCGCCUUCAACAGAUUCUGGCAACGUAUGGCAUCAGGACACAGACUCCGGUAGAAAUGGAGCCUCUCAAGCUGUGGCCGCCACAUCUCAUUGUCAGAGCCUGUUCGUUUAUGGGUCUGAGCAACCGUCUUCAUCUGACUGGUCGACCACCUAGGCCGCUGGGUGCCAUCGGAAGUAGCAAGUUCUAUCGGUACGUCAAUUCAACGACAUUCAAUCACGUGUACCAAGUAUAA